AACUCAAUAAUAUUGGAUUGGAUUGAAUGAUUGAUGUUUGAUGAGGAGUGUGUUUACACAAAACUAAACUAUACAAACUAUUAUUACAUUAAUUAGUUGUUCCAAAUUUUAAUUAAAGUUUAAUAACUGCUUGCUAAAUGGAAGCUCGGGAGUAGACUGAGAGACUCUGAGUGUGUGUGUGUGUCUGUGAAGGCAGAAGAGAGGCGCCCCCACACCCACACCCACUCAUCGGAAAAUGGAGAACCGGGGCCGUCUCACCCACCUGUUUGUCACUGUGUUUCUCUCAAACUUCUCCGAGUUGAUGGUGAGUCCCGCCAUUCCCGACGUCACCUUGUCUGCUGUCUGUCCCGGCAAAGAUGAAUGCUCUCCCGCCAUUUACCUCACCGGUUUCCAACAGGCGAUUGCGGGAAUAGGUUCUGUGAUCAUGAUGCCACUGAUUGGAAAUCUAUCUGAUGCUUAUGGUCGGAAAAAUAUGAUGGCAAUCCCGCUGCUUCUUUCCAUUAUUCCGUUAGUGGUAUUGGCUUGGAAGAGGACAUUAACCUUCUUCUAUGCCUACUAUGCAAUCAAGACUUUUACUGCCAUGGUUACUCAAGGUGGUGUUGCGUGCCUUGCUCUUGCGUAUUUGGCAGACAAUGUAUCAGAGGGGAAGCGUAUCUCUGCAUUUGGGGUCCUGUCUGGUGUGACAUCUGCUGCAUAUGUUGGUGGUACAUUAGCUGCCCGCCUACUGUCCACGGCUCAGAUAUUUCAGGUUGCAGCAAUUUUAUCUAUGGUUGCAGCAAUCUACAUGGGAGUUUUUCUAAAGGAAACAACUCGCGGAGAUGAUGUUUUGGAGCAGCCUAUCUUGAAGGUAACAGAAGGUGAUGAGGACAGUUGUAAAGCAUCAAAGAAGAUAGAGGUCAUUAGGAAAAUCCCAUCUCCUCGGGAUAUAUAUCGUUUGCUAAAGAGUAGCAUUACAUUUUCAUUAGCAGCAUGUGUUACUUUCUUCAAUAGCCUUGCAGAGGCUGGACUUCAGUCUUGCUUACUGUAUUUCCUAAAAGCACGAUUCCAGUUCAAAAAGGACCAGUUUGCAGAUGUGCUGCUCAUUGCCUACAUUGGAGCAACUAUAUCAAAUAUGCUCCUCAUGCCUACAUUGGGUCCCAUUAUAGGGGAGGAGACCUUGUUGUCUUUAGGACUUUUUGCCGGAUUCUUGAAUAUGUUUUUUGACAGCAUAGCAUGGGCCCCCUGGGUACCCUAUGCCUCUGCUUCUAUGGGUGUUUUUCUUUUCCUGUCAAGCCCAAAUCUAAGAAGCAUUGUAUCAAAACAAGUUGGGCCCAACGAACAGGGUCUUGCACAAGGAUGCAUUCUGGGAAUGACUGCAUUUGCUAAUGUCAUCUCUCCAUUGAUCUAUAGUCCGCUUUCAGCUCUAUUUUUGUCGGAGGACGCACCGUUUCAUUUCCAGGGUUUCAGCAUCCUAUGCGUAGGACUUGCCUGGCUGGCAGGCUUCUUUCUGAGCAUAAUGAUUCCCCUGUUAUCAAGAAACAAAUCCAGCAACGGGGACAGCGUGGUGGAGGCCUAGAUCCGUUUUGUAUAAAAUGGUGUUCAGCUGCCUCAUUGUUAUGAAGUAGGCUUAUUGAAGAUGUCAUUAUGAUAAGUAUACCACGUGAUGCGACUCUAGAAUUGUUGGGCUGGGGAGGUAGCCCAAUUCCAAACUCCAAACCCCAAAAUCUAUCAAAAAUAUACUUUGAUACAAUUAAUUCAAUUUUGAUGGAAUACAAAAAUAUAGCGAACAAUGGCUAUCUUAGUUGAAGAAUUCUACUAAUGAACAGAGUGUGUUGUAAAUGUCAAAGUUGGGGCGACGUGGCACGCGCUAGAUAUUUAUAAUGAAAUGAAGAAUUCCUUGAGUAGACGAACUGUUUGUAGAAUUCAAAGGGUUCCUAACUUUACAGGUUGGCAGGUCAAUAUCAGUGCUGUGUUGAAUUUGUUGUUUCAUUCACAAAGUAA